CCCAGGACCGCAGUGGUCCGGAGGCUCCCUCGGCUCCCAAUCAGUCCUCCUCCUCCGCCAUCCUUCCCUCCCCCCGCCUGCCGCGGCACGGGUAUCCGCAGCCACAAGCUCGGAGCCGGUGAGGCUGCGAAGAAGCGGGGAGGGGGAGGAAUCAAGGGAUGAGCGCCGGGAGGGCGUCGGGGGCCCUGAGCCGGACUAGGACGCCCCUGGAACGGGAACCCGAGCCGGAGCCGGAGCCAGAACCAGAUCAUCGCUGCAGCCCCCUAAACCCAGGAAGCGCCCUGGCCCGCGCUCGCCCCCCAGGGCCUCAUGUCGGAACCACAGCCUGACCUGGAGCCGCCCCAACAUGGGCUGUACAUGCUCUUCCUGCUUGUGCUGGUCUUCUUCCUCAUGGGCCUUGUAGGCUUCAUGAUCUGCCACGUGCUAAAGAAGAAAGGCUACCGCUGUCGCACGUCCAGGGGCUCAGAGCCUGACGACGCCCAGCUCCAGCUCCCUGAGGACGAUGACGUGAAUGAGGACACGGUAGAGAGGAUUGUUCGCUGCAUCAUCCAAAAUGAAGCCAAUGCUGAGGCCUUGAAGGAGAUGCUGGGGGACAGUGAAGGAGAAGGGACAGUACAGCUGUCCAGCGUGGAUGCCACCUCCAGCCUGCAGGAUGGAGCUCCCUCCCAUCAUCACACCGUGCAUCUGGGCUCAUCAGCCCCUUGCAUCCAUUGCAGCCGUGGCAAGAGGCCCCCACUUGUCCGACAGGGACGCUCUAAGGAAGGAAAAAGCCGCCCCCGGACUGGGGAGACCACUGUGUUCUCAGUGGGAAGAUUCCGAGUGACACACAUUGAGAAGCGUUAUGGGCUACAUGAGCAUCGUGAUGGUUCCCCCACGGACAGAAGCUGGGGCUCUGGUGGGGGGCAGGAUCCAGGGGGUGGUCAAGGGUCUGGAGGGCAAUCCAGGACAGAGCUGCCUGCUGUUGAGAGGCUGCCCCCUGAGGAGCCCCAGGAUCUAGCCAGUCCCCUGGUGCAGAAUGGAGGACUCAGGGAUACCAACCCAGUCCCUUCUGCACUUGAGGGGAACCCUGGAGCCUCUGCAGAACCAACACCAGGGGCCAGAGGGAGGGGCCCAAUCUCAGGGAUGCCUAGUCAAGAAGCAAAUGGAGAGCCAAGCAAACUGGACACCUCAGAUCUGCAGGUGUCUCCACCACAGGGACCAGGGGGCUUGUGAGCCUCAUUCUUCAUUGUGCUGAUGGACUGACUACCAACUGGCAGGACCAGGGGGUGGAUGGUCAUGAAGACCCUCCCCUCCACCGGGCAGCAAUGCCCCUCCAUUGAGGGACCAGCUCUACUUCUACCUGGAGUUGCAUGGUCUCAGGCUGAGGAACCUCAGAAAUCCCCCCUUCCCAUCCCCAUACUCUUGCCCCUCAGUCUCAUACCCCUUUUCAACCUGACAACAGAAUGCCUGGCCUGUCUCUUCUCCAAUGCCUCACUCCACAUGCUAGAGAGUGGCAACUGGGACCAGGCCCUUGCCCUUGGUGGGCCCCUAAAGCAAUAGCACCUUAGGCUCCCUGCCCUGUUGGCACUAGAGUCUCAAGACCUGGCUUGGACUUCUUGCCCUUUAUUCACUGUCAAUAAAUCCGCUCAAACCAUUA